UGCAGAGAACCAACUCGCCUGUCCAGAUCACAACAGGAAGCACAUACCACUUUGGAGGUUAUUUUUUAAGAACCAGAGCAUCUCCUGUCCAGCGUUCAUUCCAGGGCUGCAUGCAGCUCAUUCAGGUGGACGAUCAGCUGGCUGACCUAACCGCAGUUGAGCAGGGAAGGAUGGGAGCCUUCGAGAACGUCAGCCUGGACAUGUGUGCCAUCAUUGACAGAUGUAUGCCAAACCAAUGUGAACAUGGAGGCCGAUGCAGUCAGACCUGGGACGGCUUCACAUGCACCUGUGAUGGGACAGGAUACACAGGAGCCACCUGUCACACAUCUGUUUAUGAGCAGUCCUGUGAAGCCUACAAGCAUUUGGGGAGAUCAUCUGAUUCCUACUGGAUUGACCCAGAUGGAAGCGGACCAUUAGGUCCUUUUAAAGUCAUCUGCAACAUGACAGAGGACAAGGUCUGGACAACUGUGGUGAAUGACUUAGCGGCGCAGACAGCGGUGACUGGCUCCAGCCGGGAGAGACGGACAGUGCUGCAGCUGAACUACAGUGCCUCUAUGGAGCAGGUCACAGCUAUAACCAACAGCGCUGAACACUGCGAGCAGCACGUAGCCUACGCCUGCCGAAUGUCACGCCUACUCAACACACCAGAUGGGACGCCUUACACAUGGUGGGUCGGCCGCGGUAACGAGAAGCACUUUUACUGGGGCGGCUCUGUGCCGGGCAUUCAGAAAUGCGCAUGUGGCAUUGAGCGCAACUGCACCGACUCCAAAUACUACUGCAACUGUGACGCCGACCAGAAGCAGUGGAGGGAUGAUUCCGGGCUUCUGGUUUAUAAAGACCACUUACCGGUCAGCCAAGUGGCUGUCGGGGACACAAAUCGACCCGGCUCAGAGGCCAAGUUGACCGUGGGACCUCUCCGUUGCUAUGGAGACCGAAGCUAUUGGAACGCGGCGUCAUUUAACACGCCAUCCUCGUACCUGCACUUCUCCACUUUUCAAGGAGAAACGAGUGCAGAUAUCUCCUUUUACUUCAAGACCUCUGCUCCCUAUGGCGUGUUCCUGGAAAACCUUGGAAACACGGAUUUCAUCCGUCUGGAGUUGAAAUCCCCCACGGUGGUGUCGUUUUCGUUCGAUGUAGGAAACGGGCCGGUGGAACUGAACGUGUACUCUCCUACCCUGCUGAACGAUGACCAGUGGCACCGGGUCAGUGCGGAGAGGAACACGAAAGAGGCCAUUCUGCAACUAGACCAGAAAUACAAGGAGGUCAGACCUGCACCUACACAGGGACACACACGCCUGGAGCUCUACAGUCAGCUUUAUGUGGGUGCAGCGGGAGGUCAGAAAGGAUUUCUUGGAUGUAUCCGCUCUCUGAAGAUGAACGGGAUGGCCCUUGACUUAGAAGAGAGGGCAAAUGUCACUCCGGGUGUAAAACCUGGCUGUUCGGGUCACUGCACCAGUUUUGGGAUGUAUUGCCGUAAUGGCGGCAAGUGUGUGGAGAAAUACAACGGCUAUUCCUGUGACUGCUCUACCACCGCUUAUGAUGGGCCUUUUUGUUCAAAAGAUGUUGGUGGUUUCUUUGAGGCGGGAACACUGGUCAAGUAUAAUCUGGUACCUGAAGUGGUCGCUGCAGCUUCCAGCCUGGAUGAGAAGAGCGUAAUCCACAACCUUCCUGUCGAGACCAACCUGACACAUGAAGAUCUGACCUUCAGCUUCAGCACCUCCACUUCUCCCAGCCUUCUGGUUUAUAUCAGCUCGAAAACCCAGGAUUACAUGGCCGUGGUCCUCCGUCAAAAUGGUUCCCUGCAGCUGCGGUACAGCUUGGGUGGUCUCAGAGAACCCUUCAGUAUCGAUAUUGACCAGAGGAACUUGGCCAAUGGGCAGCCCCACACCGUCAACAUCUCGCGAGUGGAGAGAGACAUAGAAGUGCAGCUGGAUCAUUAUCCUCCCGUCAGCUACACGCUGCCUGAAGCCUCAGACACGCAGUUCACCCUGGUCAAGUCACUCUUCCUGGGUAAAGUCUUUGAAACUGGUUACAUCGAUCCUGUGCUUAUAGAAAAAUACAACACACCCGGGUUUGUGGGUUGCCUGUCCAGAGUGCAGUUCAACAGCAUUGCUCCUCUGAAAGCUGCUCUCAGGUCCCGCGGUUCUGCCCCCGUCUCACACCAGGGUAAACUGGUGGAAUCCAACUGCGGAGCAUCACCCCUCACCAUCCCACCCAUGUCUGCUGCAACCGACCCGUGGCACCUAGACGCAGGUGCUGAUUUCCCCUUCAAUGAGGAAAGAGUGAUACCGGAUGGAGUAAAUAGGAAUUCAGCUAUAAUAGGAGGUAUCAUUGCAGUGGUGAUCUUCACUAUUCUGUGCACACUGGUGUUUCUGAUCCGGUACAUGUUCCGCCAUAAAGGCACUUACCACACCAACGAGGCCAAGGGGGGAGAGUCGUCAGAGUCAGCCGACGCGGCCAUUAUGGGCACCGAGCCCAAUUUCACAGAGACCAUCGAUGAAAGCAAGAAAGAAUGGUUCAUAUAAUGGGGGCGUACAGACUCUUUCAGAAUCUUUUUUUGAGUAUCAGAACUAAUGUUUUGGGAUCAAGCUCAUCACCAGUUUGAGAAACUGUCCUGUACAUAGUGACUGGCUUGUCUCUUUCUAUUGUGUUUUGGCAGAAGUCUUUUAAGUGUGUAAUCUCUGGAUCACAUGUUAAUAAAUCAAAUCACAAGGUUUUUUUUUUUGUUUGUUUGUUUGUUUGUUUUUUUGUUGUUGUUUUUUACAGAAACCUGCCAAAAUCCUCUUUUAUGGAAAAUUGUAAUAUAAGUUUAAUCAUUUUCUUCAUGUUCUUUUGCCUAAUCUUACAAAAACUCCUUGUGUGGAAGAUGUUUAGACAGACUGUAAUUGUUAAACACUCUAUAUGAAUAUUUUUAUUUAAUUUAUUGCACCAAUAACAGAGAUAUAAUUUAAAGAUGACAUCAGAUCAGCGUGGGAAGAAAAACAAGGCAUGCACCAAGAAUUAUGUCAAAUUGACUCUGUCUGUUUGUAGCCUUCUGCACAGCUAUGCUUAUUUAUUUCUUGUGGAAGCCUUCAGAUUAUUGUCCCUUGGCAAACACCUCUCAGUCUUAAGUAUUUGUUUUGCUGAAGGCAUGUAUCAUGGCAUAAAGAUGUUAUUUUGAGAGAUCAUUUUGUCUGUGAUUCAUUUAUGUAGGCUGUGGUAAAGCAUUGGCAUAGUGGCAUCUAUUUGGCACAUGAAAAUGCAAACGUAUCAUCAGUGUUUGUCAUUUCAGAUGACUACUGACACCCAAUUUAAUGACUUAAUUCAAGGUGCCUUUAGGAUUUAGCCAGCCGUCUGUGGAGAAUUUACUUUGGAUAAAUAGGUAAAAGGAGAAUCUCAACCAAUCAAAUGGCUGUUUGAAUUUAUUUGAUGACACAACAUAUAUGAGUUAAGAUGUGUUCCGAACAGCAAUGUUAUAUAAAUGUUCAGAAUGGAUGAUUAUAUGUAUGCUACAACAUUUUAAGAAUUUAUUGCACUGUGCAUUUUGUGAAAUUACUUUCGACAUGUUAAAAACUUAUUUAAGUAUUAUUGACUUUUUUGGAAUAAAAUGUCAAAUAAAACAUAAUUUACAUACA